AUGGCUUCUCAUGCUAGUGAGCUUGAAAUCGCCAAAAAGAAUUUAACUGAUGCGAUUGGUGAAAACGUGAAACAUUACUGGGCAAACCUGAAACUAUGGUUCAAACAGAAGAUAAGCAAGGAAGAAUUUGAUACUGAGGCACGCCGUCUGCUGGCACAAGAAAACGUCCAUGUUCACAAUGACUUCCUCCUGGCAAUCCUGACACGCUGCCAGAUCAUUGUCUCCACUCCUGAGGGCGCUGGCCAACUGCAAUGGCAAGGUGGGUCUGCUUUAAAGCCAGGCAAACCUAAAGGAAAAAAGAAAUGCUCUUCAAGACAGAAGUUUGAUCAUCGUUUCCAGCCUCAGAAUCCUCUGAGUGCCGCGCAGCCAUUUAGCCCACGUGAGGCGGUCGGUGAGGAUGAGGAGCUCCGACUCAGCGCCCAUACUUUGCUUUUACCCACACGAGGUCAACUGGAGGCUCGCAUGAUGGUGACAGCCUUCGAGUUGGGCCUCGAUAAUAUCACAGAAGAUGCGGUCAGUGUAAUGACCUUCGCUGUGGAGCACCAUUUGAAAGACGUUUUGACUGCUGUGAUUUCCCGAAGGAAAGCGUAUCGCUUACGAGAUGGUCAUUUUCCUUACGCUUUUGGCAGUGAUGUCACACCGCAGCCUUACCUGAAAAACAGCCUUGCUGCCUAUCACAGCGUCACUGAAUGCCCCCUUCCAAGUGCUUCUCUCCCUGCCGGCCCACCUCCUCAAAUCUCCCCAGAUGAAGCAGAACAGCAAGCUGUUCACUUGUUGGCUUGCUCUACCCACAGUCUAAACACAGCCCUACCCCCUGUCACCAUGUUUGACCUCCUGGAGGCUCUCCAGGUUCAUCAUGGAGUGAUGCCCUCUCACACCAUGUAUGCGCUUAACAUGGAGCGCAUCCUGUCUCGACUAUGGCACCCCAGUCAUGAAGAACUCGAACAGGAUCACGUACACCGGCAGCGACUUGCUGCCAAAGAUGGUGUGCUGAUCAGCUGA